GCGUCAAAUUUGCAGGCAGGCCGCGUCGAUGGCGAAGGUGAAGUUUUAUGUCGGAGAAAAAUCGGUUUUCGUCGUAAAUUGGUGGACCAGUUCCGGCUGAAUCUGUUGCUAAUUUGUGGACCUUUCGAGUGUGCUAAUUGAAGAGUAGAAAUUUCGACGGGUCAACAUCGGACGCGUCGUGGGUAAAAUCUUCGUCGCUGCGGCUGGUGACCAGAGAGGUGCACCGGAAAGCUGGUGCUGGUGCCGGAUAGAACUCGAAUCGGUUUAAUUGAUCAUCACCAUGAGCGUUAUCAUACGGUUGCAAAAUCUGCCGUGGUCCGCGAAUGCGCUGGACGUACGCACUUUCUUUAAGGGCCUUUCGAUCCCGGACGGCGGAGUUCACAUCGUUGGCGGCGAAAUGGGUGACGCGUUCAUCGCGUUCAGCACCGAUGAAGAUGCCCGCCAGGCAAUGAUGAUGAGCGGAGGUAAGAUCAAGGAAGUUCAGGUUUCGCUUCUGCUGUCGUCCCGUGCCGAAAUGCAAAAGGUCAUCGAAGAGGCACGUCGAACGACGAUGUCCUUUAUGCAGUUGUCCGCCCAGAGCGUUGCGGCAGCGCCGUCUCCGCCGGCCGUGGCCCCCGUAUUGCCCAAGGUGGCGACCGUUGUUCCGACGACGGUGGCGACUCAACAGCCACAACCGCCGGUUAUUAGCUUGUCUGGGUUUUUGGCGCAAAAUUUAAACCAACAGAAGGUAGCGGCCGGGACUGCGUCGCUGUACUCGGAGAUUCCGGGGUUGGGCUUUCUGGCCGCCGGUGGGGGAAUGUUUCAACCGAACGCUCCGGCGGCCGGUUUGUUUUCGGCGCUGAGCUCGCAACCCUACGGUGGCGCGGCAGCUGGAGCCGGUGCCAAUUCGGCGUUCACUCAGCUAUCGGAACAGCUGAAGAAGGCCGCCGAAGCGGAGAAGGCAGCCGCGGCGAAAAGUGCCGCUGCCGUUGUUCAGUCGUCUGCGGGUACGAUGGGGAAGAAGGAUGGUGGGGAUGGACGUUCUACGUCCCGGUAUAGCAGAUCAUCGUCGCGCGAAAGGGAUCGACGUCGUUCGUCCAGAGAGCGAUCGAGGUCGCGGAGCAGAGACCGGGGUAGACGUCGCAGUGGAAGAGAUCGUAGUCGGAGCAGAAGCCGGGACAGGCGUAGUAGAAGCCGGAGUCGGGACCGGCGGAGGUCGAGAAGGUCUCGUUCGAGAGAUCGUCGAGACAGUCGGGAUAAGGAUCGUAGUCGGGACAGAGACUCGAAGGAUAAACCGAAGCCACGUGUUUCACGUUUCAGUGAUCGGGGCGAGGGGAAUCCUAUGGGUUCUCCCCCGGCUGUAGAUGCAAGGUCGGGUAAGGUCAACCCGUGGGAUACGCCAAUACAGCAGAACCUGUUGAAGCUGGCGAGUAGUUCGGUAGCCAAAUCGACAUCCGUGCCGCCUUCCAUCCGGUCGCCCAUCGCAGGUGGAUUCAAUCCUGGACCAGGAGAAUUUUCUCAGCCGGGAUAUCAAGGGAAACCGGUUGUACAACAAGUGAAUUACGGAUCGUUUGAAGCAUCCAAGCCCAUCAGCAACGAGCACUUGAGUAAACUGCAGGAGCUGCACUCUCGACGAGAUCCGCGCAUGUUCCAGAACCCGCCGCAACAGCAUCAGUCCAAUAGUAACGGAGGUUACGGGAAGCAAGAUCCGCCUGGAUAUGGCAACUAUGGGAACGAUAACAUUGCAAACAAUAUUGCUUCCCGACUGUUGCCGAACAAGCCCAACAACUACAACUCGGGCGGGGAUGUUGGUGGACCGCCAAACCAGCAGCACUACCGGCAGCAGUCGUCGAUUUACGAUGACGAGAUGGACGGGCAGUCGAUCAAGAUCUCGAACCUGGAGACGGCCACGGGCUACGGCGAGAUUCGACGGUUCUUCAGCGGGCAGGCGAUUUCAAGCAACGGCAUCAAGAUGAUCAACGACCCGAACGGCAAGCGCACGGGAGUCGCGUACGUGCGGUUCCUGCGCAAGGACGCCAAACGGUACGCAAUGUCGCGUAACGGACAGAACAUGCGUCGAUCGGCGGUCAAAGUUGAAUCGAUCUCGGACCGGGAGUUUGACGACGCUAUCGACUCGUAUCAGCCGGGCUUUGACGAGCGUAAGCCGUACUGGGUGGAGUCGUACGGUGGAAGGAAUGAGAAAAAGAACGAACGUGGGGACGAUGCUGGGGUGAUUGAAAUUGGGGAUGAGUCGUUGAACGAUCGCGACAAUGGAAAGUGUGGCCAUUUGAUGGUUUGGAAUUUGCCGACCGGGACGACCGAGCUGGAUUUGAUGCGGAUUUUCUCAGAUUUCACCAUUGUGGAGGUUUUGAUCAUUAAAAACUACAAGAACCCAAAGCAGCAGGAUGGCUACGUCAAGUUCUGUCGACUGCAGGACGCCCGGCGGGCUUGCGAGAGCACUCAUCAGCACUUCAUUCGGAGCAAACGCGUAUUUGUGAAACCCUGCAGCGAUAUUGAGUACGACGCGGCCAAGAAUGAGUACGAUGCACCCGAGACGAUCGAAGAACCUAAGCUAGAGUCGGAACCAGUGAAGGAGGAUCCUUUGGACGAUUCCGUGCAGGUCGUCGAAGAUUCGAUAGAUUCGAAAAAGGACGAAGACGACCGAAUGGAUCUGGCCGAGGAUGAUGACGAAGAGGAAGAAGGUCAAGAGGAGGUCGUUCAGAACAAGAUUCCAUUGGACGAGGAGGUGCGUCCGCAAGACGCUGACGACGACCCACCAUUGGAUGAUCUCAAACCGGUGCAGACUGGCAAAACUGAAGACGAAGACCAGUGCUGGGAGGUUGACGAUCAGUCACAAUCUCCAAAGCAACAAGCGCAACCGCAACAGCAGGCACAGCAGCCACCGCCGGUGAAUUUCGUCAACCGCGACCCGAGAAAUGCGUUCAGCACUAAUCUGUACCAAUCACCACCUUCCUUCCAGCAGCAACAACUUCAACCGCAACAGCCGCCGCCCCAACAGUCACCACAGUUUGCCGGCCCACCCCCUAACUUCAACAGCAACAGCAGCAACAACAACAACAACUUUGGGGGUGACUUUAGCCGCGAUCCGCGCCGACGCCAAGAGAUCAACCAAAGAAACGAAGGCGGCGGAGGUUUCCAGCAGAGCGAAAACAGUCGAGAAAGCUUCGACAGUCGGCACAGCUUCAACAAUGGACCACGCUUCAACUCGCAGGGACCGCCCCCACAGCAGGGUCCCCAAUGCACCAGCAGAAUCGCUACGAUCAGCAGAUGCCGGACGGUAACGAGCGGACGGCGUUUGUUGAUUUCCAACUUGGAGUUUUCGAUGCGGGAAGAAACGGUGCAGACUUUCCUCGAUCGGGAAGGGUUUACGCCCAAGAAGUUGCAGAUAAUCCGCAACGCGUUCAACGGACGUUCCAGCGGCGAGUGCUUGGUGGAGUUCGAGUCGGUGCAGGAGGCGGGAGAUUCGCUGAUAAAGAAUGCGGCCGUGAUCGGCAAUCGGAAGGCAUUCUUCAAGCAUCUCGUCCGGGGUCAGUUGCCUGAGAUGAUGAUGCGAAUCAACAGUGGAAACCAGCGUGGACCCCCUCAGGGCGGCUACGGCGGUAACGGCAGGUACGGAGGAAACGGUAACUUUGGUGGAAACGGGAAUUUCGGUGGAAACGGCAACUUUGGCAACAACAACUUCCGGGGAGGUAACGACCGUUUCAACAACAACAACAACGGUGGAGGCAACAGCUAUGCAAGCCAAGUCAACAAUUCGCAGUUUGCCGACGACGAGCCACACGAACGGCGGCACGAUGACGACAAUCAGCAGAACUUUGACGAUCAGUCUGACGUGCAGAUAGUAGCGAAUGAAAAUGCGCCAAACGCGAACAACGGUGGCCAAGGAGAAAACGAUGACGACGACGACGUUGCCGUUGUGAUCCACGAUGAUCCGGACGACCACGCGGAUCCACCCGAGCAGGUCAAUUCGGCCGAAUCGUUGCGUACGCAAAAUGGUGCCCCCAGCAACUCAUCGCAACAAUCGCUGGGUGGAGGGCCUGGAGAAAUGCGCCUCAACGACCAUCCCGUUCCCGGCAGUAUCCUCUCGAUGGGCAACCUGCCGUUCCGCGCCCGCAACGAGGAAAUCGUGGACUUUUUCAAACAGUAUAACAUCACAUUGGAUGACGUUAAGCGGCGUUACCUGCCGGAUGGGCGCUCCACCGGGGACGCCAUGGUGCGGUUCCAGUCGCCACAGGAUGCCCACCGGGCGCUCGAGACGCACCAGCAGAUGCGGAUAGGUGGUCGCGAGCUGCGGAUGUGGAUUUCGGACUGAGGGCGGGAGGGAGGACCCGACAUUUUCGAGCGGAUCGAGUUUUAGUUUUGUAAGGAAGUUUUUUUUUUCUUUCGUUUUAUUAAAGCAUUAGAUUAUCCUUACUGAUACACAUAACAAGCGCACUCGUACAGUACAAGUGGCUAUCGUUUGAAUAAAUUUGGAAUAUCAACAACUGAACUGGCGAUGUAAAUAGACUUUUGAGGCCGAAAUACAAUUACGGAAUAAUAUUUAA